ACUUCCACAUGGACCGGCAGAGCUCUCUGGAGACGGUGGUGGACGUGGUGGUGAGCGUCCUGCGGGCCAACGACUGGCAGGAGACCAGCCUGGUGUUCUGCCGCCCCUGGGACGUCUCUGGCUUCCUCGGCCUCUGGGCCCGCCGCUCCCAGCUCUCCCUCCGCACCGUCCUGGACCUCGGCUACCUGGACGAGCCCAGGGCCACCCGGUCCCUCCGGCAGCAAUGGGAGCGCCUCAGGGCCCUCUCCAGCCCCGUGCUGGUGCUCGGCUGCGACCUGCGGCGCGCUCGGCUCGUCUUCGGGGCGGCCGAGGAGCUGGGGCUGCUGCCGCAGGAGUUUCACUGGAUGCUGGGCUCCCCGCUCAGCGCUGGAGAGCUGCAGACCGAGGGGCUGCCCCUGGGGCUGUUGGCCUACGGGGAGGUCAACCGGCCGCCGCUGGAGCUCUUCAUCCAGGACAUGGUGGAGUUGGUGUCUCGGGGCAUCGCCAGCGCCGCCCGCGCGCGCCCCGACCUGGCUCUGCUGCAGACCAUGGUGAACUGCAACGACAGGCGCCAGGCGGGCAGCGAGUCCUCGGGGCAAUUCCUCUCCCGGUUCCUGGCCAACACAUCCUUCCACGGCCGGACAGGGCCCGUGCACGUGGAGAACGCGGCGCUGGUGCGCCCGGAGCAGCGGUACCGCGUCUGGAGCCUUCAGCGGGACUCGCGGGGGGACCCCACCUGGGUGACGGUGGGGACCUGGUGGCACGGCAAGCUGGAGCUGGAGGAGGGCGCGUGGCAGAGCCACCGUCGGCGCAAGAGCCCCAGCGAGGGGGCUGGGGGAGCCCGUGCGAGGCUGCGGGUGGUGACGCUGGUGGAGCACCCCUUCGUCUUCACCAGGGAGGUGGAUGAGGACGGGAGCUGCCCGGCCGGGCAGCUCUGCCUGGACCCUGGCACCAACGACUCGGCCGUGCUGGACGCCCUCUUCGAGGAGCUCAGCGCCGACAACGGCUCGGUGCCGCGGGCGUACAAGAAGUGCUGCUACGGGUACUGCAUCGACCUGCUGGAGAAGCUGGCCGAGGACGUGCCCUUCGACUUCGAGCUCUACAUCGUGGGCGAUGGGAAAUAUGGGGCCUGGAAGAACGGGCGCUGGACGGGGCUGGUGGGGGACUUGCUCAGUGGCACGGCCCACAUGGCCGUCACCUCCUUCAGCAUCAACUCGGCGCGUAGCAAAGUCAUCGACUUCACCAGCCCCUUCUUCUCCACCAGCCUGGGCAUCCUGGUGAGGACCAAGGACACGGCGUCGCCCAUCGGGGCCUUCAUGUGGCCCUUGCACUGGACCAUGUGGGUGGGCGUCUUCGUGGCCCUGCACAUGACGGCACUCUUCCUCACCCUGUACGAGUGGAAGAGCCCCUACGGCAUGACCCCCCACGGCCGCAACCGCAUGAAGAUCUUCUCCUACUCCUCAGCCCUCAACCUCUGCUACGCCAUCCUCUUUGGGCGCACCGUGUCCAGCAAGACGCCCAAGUGCUGCACUGGCCGCUUCCUCAUGAACCUCUGGGCCAUCUUCUGCCUCCUGGUGCUCUCCAGCUACACGGCCAAUCUCGCAGCCGUCAUGGUGGGGGACAAGACCUUUGAGGAGCUCUCGGGCAUCCACGACCCAAAGGGCUUCCGCUUCGGCACGGUGUGGGAGAGCAGCGCCGAGGAGUACAUCCAGAAGAGCUUCCCCGAGAUGCACGAGUACAUGCGGCGCUACAACGUCCCCACCACCCCCGCCGGCGUCACCAUGCUCAAGACGGAGCCCCCCAAGCUCAACGCCUUCAUCAUGGACAAGUCGCUGCUGGACUAUGAGGUCUCCAUCGACUCCGACUGCAAACUGCUCACCGUGGGCAAACCCUUCGCCAUUGAAGGUUUGGGGGGGGGGCCAUGGCAGCCCCCCGAGGAGGACGUGGUGGGUUAA